AAAAAAAAAGUUGUUGAUGAGCCAAAUCAGUGUUGGCAAAAGGCCUCAUAAAAAAUCCUCAAGAGCUUACAUCGACUGCGUGAUUCCUCAGAAGCCGGAGAAAGAAAAACUAAGCACCCCAAACUUCUGAUCGAAAAUAAUGGCCAGAAGCAAGCAAAAAGUUGCUGCUGCCAAGCGAGGUGCCGGAGUAAUCGCUUCCACACCGAAAGGGAAGCCAACCGAGUCCAAUAAGAGGAGAAAUUCUAAAUCCAGUUCUGCUCCAACUGGCGCUGUAACACACAAGCCUCGUCGUUUCAAGCCAGGAACAGUGGCUCUCCGGGAAAUCCGAAAAAUCCAGAAGUCAUGCAAGCUACUUGUACCCGCUGCCCCAUUUGCUAGGCUUGUUAAAGAGCUUAGCAUAUUUUAUGCACCUCAUGUGACACGCUGGCAAGCUGAAGCUAUGCAAGCACUUCAGGAGGCUGCUGAAGAAUAUCUAGUGCUUCUCUUGGAAGAAGCACAACUAUGUGCGUUACAUGCAAAACGCAUCACACUUAUGAAAAUAGAUUUUCAAUUGGCCAGGCGCAUCACGGGGAAAGGACGACCCAAAUAGAUGAUCAAACAUCAGUCUAACGUUGUUAUAUAGAAAUAGAUUUUUGUUGGUUGUUGGUAGUUACUAGUUUUUUACCCAUGCGAUGCACGGAGUGAGAGUUUUUAUAAAAUGAUAAAUUGAAAAUGUUAUUCUUUUCGUCGCAUAAUUAAUCUUAUUUUGAUUUGGCAAGGUGAUUAAAAGGUAGUUUUUUUGUUGUUCAAAGUUGGGACUGCUAAAAAGAAACCUUGAAGUUUUUUUUAGCCA